UCCUUCAGUCCCGGGGUCUUAUCGCCACUACCCAGCGCACCUUUUUUUACAGCUUUUGAGACAACUUACAUAUAGUCUAUAAGUUCAGUUGUUAUUAAAGCGAAAACAUUUUUAUGCUGAAAACAGAUUUUGGACGAUACGAGGAGGGUGGCACAAAGUUGCAGGGCUUGGUCUUUCAAGCACUAGCACCAGGUUUCAAACCCGAGUCAAGUCAGCUUGGAAUUUUUUUUUCUGAGGUGUACUAAUCGGGCUCUCUACAUUGGGGAUUGUGGAUCCCUCGUCUUCUUGGAUAACGACGUUAAGCCGAUGGUCCCAUGCCCACAAUUAGCUAUAUCGAGCUUAACAGAUUGGCGCAUUGAUAAGCGAGCAUGGUUGGAGGGCGACUGUUGGUAACCCUUUCCCUUGGACUCGUGUUCAUAGUGGUAUGCCAAGGUCAGGACCCUCCUGCAUUCCAAGGGAGGAAAGACUGGACUUUAAGCAUCAAAACAGGUGCGAGAUGGUACGCCGGUACAAAUGCCAACAUAUUCGUGAAGCUUUUUGGAACGAAAGGCGAGACUUCGAGGAAGGCAUUAAAUAAUGGCGAUAAAGACGCAUUUUCACGCGGCAAGUUGUCGACGUUUAAGGUCAAAGCUAGGGAUAUUGGCGAACUUCAACGAGUUACAGUCAUUAACGAUAACUCGGGACCCGCGCCAGGAUGGUUUCUUAAAAAGUUCACGGUUACGGACCCGGCAGGAAACCAGUUCGACUUUAAAGCCUCGGAAUGGCUGGCGAGUGACUCGAAGCUCAAGAGGGUUUUCUCCAACCCCACGAAGAAGAUGGUCAGCCAACCCGCACCAGCAGUCGCUGCUCCCACAACAUCUUCAGCAACUGAGACAACACCAGCCCCGACAACGGCGCCACCUACCACAAACGCACCAACUGCAAACGCACCCACUACAAAUGCACCCACUACAAAUGCACCCGCUACAAACGCACCCGCUACAAACGCACCCGCUACAAAUGCACCCACAACUAGUGCACCCUCUACUAAUGCACCCGCUACGAACGCACCCUCUACUAAUGCACCCGCCACAAAAGCUCCUCCCACGCCUGGCGCCACACCGGGAGCAACCAGCGCAAAGGCUCCAGCAACCACGCCUUCUGCCGCGACACAGCCACCGACAACGAACGCUGCUACCAAAGCUCCUCCUCUGCCACCGAAACAACCACAAACCACAUUACCAAAGGCCCCUGCGCCCAUGCCUCCCCCUGGAGCCAAUCACGCCGUCAUAGCACCUAAAAAGCCCCCAAAUCCACCUGCACCAGCAUCUCAGCAACCAGCAGCCAUUGCGUUGCCAAGUUCAUCUGGUAACCACAUGGCUGCCGCCAAAGUUCCUCCGCCGCCACCGAAACAACCACAAACAACAUUACCAAAAGCUCCUGCUGCCGCCAAAGCUCCACCGCCGCCACCGAAACAACCACAAACAACAUUACCAAAAGCUCCUGCUGCCGCCAAAGCUCCACCGCCGCCACCGAAACAACCACAAACAACAUUACCAAAAGCUCCCGCAAAGCCUGCUCAGGCCCCCAAACCAGCAGCGAUAUCGUUACCACAGCCACCACACAUCGGAGCUACACCCAAGGCUGCCCCAUCUACGGCUGCACCCACCUCGGCUGCCCCCGGCUCCACUGCUGCUCCAGCUUCAAGUGGUACAACUCAAGGAGUCGCGACAAACGGACCAACGGUGGCGACCACGCCCAAGCCCAACGGCGGAACAGGAAUGAUCCAGUACCCUCUCUUAACAUCGAUGAACUCUGUCCGCCUCAUUCACGGCGCCGGCCCACUUGUCACGGAUGAGACUAUCACAAAGAAAGCGCAAGAAUGGGCCAAUAAGAUUGCCGCGUCUGACAAGGAAGGCAUCGAUACCGACUCGCCUUAUGGUGCGCUAAUCUGCAGCCGAGUGGACCCCAUUCAGGAUCUGGACCUAGCAAAGCAAUGUGUCGGGCAGUGGUACAAGACAGCGAAGGACUACGACUGGGCCGAGCCCGUCGUACCUGGGAAGGCCGGUAGCUUCGUCCAACUCAUAUGGAAGUCGGGUCGUCGUGUUGGUAUCGCAAAGGCGCGAAGCCCGUCCGGAAAAUUCUACGUCGUGGCUUAUAUCGAUCCUCCAAGCAGCGAACAGAACAUGAAAGACAAUGUGGGGUCUGUCAAAGAUCUUGUCGAGCCAAGCGAAAACGGUGAAUGCCCGGCUGACUUCGUCCGCAACGAACGUUCUUGCUUCUUCCAUCAACAAACACCACUGACCUGGGAAAAUGCCAUCGCCCAAUGUGCACAAAAGGGCGCAUCCCUUGCAUCCGUUCAGACAAAGGAGCAAAACACUUUCGUCAGCGGCCUUAUUGGCGGUAAGGAGGCCUGGAUCGGUUUCCAUGACCACCAAACAGAGAGUAGAUACACGUGGGUGAACGGCGCGCCCGUCAACUUCCACGAGUUCCUUCCUUCUGAGCCAACCGGUGUUGGCGAGGACUGUGUCGCCAUGGAAACCAGAGCAGAGGGAACGGGAUGGGCGGAUCGCAAAUGCACGGACAAGAUACCAUCUGUGUGCAUGAUGCCUGUCAGAGGCAACCUGACAUACAAGAUCACAGUCCACGUGCAGAAAGAUAACAUUACCCAAGGCCAAGGUCAGGGUCAAGCCCAAGGCCAAGGUCAGGGUCAAGCGCAGGCGGUAGCCCGAGACGGAACACCUCAGAACCUAGCCGAACUCGUCAAGAAAGUGAUCAAGAUGCCUUACACUCAAGCAUUCAGUGAAGGGCCAGGUGGAGGACCUGAGUUUGUUGGUGAAUCCGUCAAUACAAACCCCGAUGGGUCUUCAGAUGUAGCAGUCUUUCAAAAGCAUAACCCCAAAGAUGACCCGAAUGUCGGGCUUGUUCUCGCGGGAUACCUCGAGAAUAACCAGCAUCGCCUGAGCCCGAAGAGCAAACACAAUGCCACUCUAUCUUCCGUCGAGCUGGUCAAUGGAGGUGAUGGUCUGUGUGUGUCCCAGUGCUUCACGGCCUGCUCCAGUCAGUGUAACCCUGUAUGUUGUACUGGUACCACCACAUUUGGCGCGGCUGCAUUCCCCGCACCUAUGAUACCAGCCACACCCAUGAUGAUGCCUCAGGCGCCUAUGACGCAACAGAUGGCGGGAAACCAGAUCCCGUACCAUGCUGGGUAUCCGGCCCCGUAUGUGAGCUCGUAUAGAGCGCCUCAAGCCUUCCCACAAGCCUUUGCGCGCCCGAUGGGGGCAUACCCUCAACAGCCUCAGCAGCAACUACCUCUGUACCAGGCUCCCGCGCGACCCGUCGCUAAUUUUGCAGCAUACUCUAUCUCGAACCAGGCCCCUGUCAUGGCUCCACCUCCUUACCAGGCUCCCGAGACGGUCGGUUGCGUACGUGGUUGCCGACAGGCCCACCACUGUCCGAGUUACUGUCCGAAAAAAUGCUGCCAUCAUUAGCGAAGAACCAAAAGUAAAAAAAAAACUACCUUAAAAAGGGGAAUAAGCUUCCUUGAAAAUAUGUAACAAAACCCGUAAAUAUGUUCAAUGCAAAGGAAACUCUUAGGUUACUUUGGAUUUGAUUUUAUUUUUUCCAUGAAAAAGUAACGGCUCAGGAUAUUAGCAAUGUGUACUCGCAUCUGAGGGUGCAACGAUGCUUUCCCCGGAGUGUGUAGCUUCUUGUUGUUAGUCUUAAGAUACGCCAUUUAGUUGUGAAAAGAAAAAAGUUUUUUUUGGGCGUAGUGUUGAAAGGAGCUGCGUGUCAAUUAAAAAUCGCUACUAUUUUAUUUUAUUUUAUUCUAUUUUGAAUCACUAUAAAUGACAAGGCUUUAUAAGCCAGCUGGCUGCAUUUGGUAUGAAAUGCUAUUAUGUCUUGAUAAUUAUCUGUGUAUUAACUGUGUAGCAUGAACUAAUGCGAAAAUACAGAAAAAUACAAAUAAACCUAACACAAGUUUAACUAUAA